UUUUUAGGAAAUUAAUCAGUUGCAUUUGAACGUCUCUUAUGAACGACAUCAAUCGCAGGCGUAGUGAUGGCACAGCCAGGAAUGCUUGGCGAGCUUUUUCGUGACGAGGGCAUUCUGCAGCCAAUAGUUUUCAGAAAGUUUCACGCACCUUCUACCUCAAUGAAUAUAAAACAAAAUUGGGAAUGCAUUAGUUGGAGCAUCGAGGAAUGGUCGAAACAUUUUAGUGAUGAACCACUCAAAGUGAGAAUGGGCCUACGCACUUCAGCAUCAUCAGGACCUCAGUGGGAGAGCCGAUGUGUUACUUCGUUCCUCACAUUUGAAGAACUGUCAAAAUGGGACGAAGUCAUCACGCAUCGUAAGGCGACCAAUGGAGAAACUAUCACCUCCCUUUCACAUUGGGCAUACUUCGAUUAUGUCCAUCUCAAAGAACAGAAGAAACUCGAAUUCUUGAAGGAAUGUAUCAGCUGGGAAAAGUUUGGCUAUAAAGGCCGAGGUGCUGACGAAAGUACAGUGUGGAUAGGAACUAAAGGAGCUCACACGCCAUGCCACAUUGAUACCUACGGUUGUAAUUUGGUUACUCAAGUUCUUGGUGCUAAAAAAUGGACCCUCUUCCCUCCACAACAAAGUGAAUGCUUAUAUCCUACUCGCAUCCCUUACGAAGAAUCCAGCAUCUACAGUCAAAUAGACUUCAAAAACGUUGACAUCAAUCGAUUCCCGAAGAUACAAAAUUCAACUCCGUUUGUUGUUACUUUGAACCCGGGUGACGUUUUGUUUGUGCCAAAACAUUGGUGGCAUUUUGUGGAAACUGAACAAUUUUCUAUCAGCGUAAAUUCAUGGAUAGAAUUGCCAUCGGAUACCAAAGACCAGCUAAAAGAAGCUCUCGUGCUGCAACAAAUUGGAAGCGUGUGCCAGGCGGUUAGUUCCGCUGACAAGCUCACAAAAAUACUUAAUCCUAACAUGCUGUACAUUGUAACUCUUACAAGUGAGGAACUUUUUGCGAUCGUUUCCCAAAGAAUUGCGGCUUUGAAGAACAAACACCACUCAUCGACAGGGUUUGAUCAUACGAUGGAGCCAUCUGAAACCUCCGGCUCCAAACCAGAUUUGAGCCUGUCUCUCCCUUACACAGUUUUGAAAUCGAUUCCAUUUCAAGAUUUUCUUCUAACAUCCCAACUGAGAGGUUCGCUUGAUGGAGGUAACUUGGCAAGCCACCACCCUCCCUCAACUCCUGAAGAAAGCGAAACCGUUGAAGAGCUCUUGAUAAGAUCUUUGAGUGACCAACGAGUCAUUGACGUAGCUACCGACGUCCUCAUGGAAAAUUUAAGAACUCUACACAAUCGCGUACUUUGAAAACUAUGCAACUUCAUGCCAAAUUUUUUUAGGAAACCUUUGACACAUGAUCGUUUUGCAACGUAUCGUGUAUUGUAUGAAUAAUUUGGCAAUUGGCAGUAAAAUUAAUGUUAGUCAUUUUCUUCCCUAGUUUUGUUUGUCAAUAAACUUCAUCA